CACAGGAGGGGGGAGGGUGCUGCCACGCUGCCAACAUGGGUCUGCUCAGCGUGGACCUGUUGAUCACUUUGCAAAUCCUGCCCGGCUUCUUUUCGAACUGCCUCUUCCUCGCUCUCUAUGACUCUGUGGUGUUGGUGAAACACGUGCUCCUACAGCUGAACCGGUCCAAAUCCAGCCAGGGUCAGUGGCGUCGGAUGCUCACCCCCGAAGGAUUGCGCUGUGUUUGGAACAGCUUCCUAUUGGACGCCUACAAACAGGUGAAGCUAGGAGGUGAUGCUCCAAAUUCCAAUGUUAUUCACGUUACUGACAAAAACAGCUCUUCAGGAAAGCCUGGCACACCAUGUCACCUUUUAGACUUUGCCAGCUCAGAGCGCCCUCUUGUUGUCAACUUUGGAUCAGCCACCUGACCUCCCUUUAUAAGCCAGUUGCCAGCCUUCAGCAAGAUGGUGGAAGAGUUCUCCGCUGUAGCCGACUUCCUGUUGGUCUACAUCGAUGAGGCUCAUCCCUCAGACGGCUGGGCGGCUCCUGGCAUCUCCUCUUAUGAAGUGAAGAAGCAUAGGAACCAAGAAGAGCGUUGUGCUGCUGCCAACAAAUUCCUUGAGCAAUAUUCCCUCCCCCCACAGUGCCAGGUGGUUGCAGACUGCAUGGACAAUAACACCAACGCGGCCUAUGGGGUCUCCUUUGAAAGAGUGUGCAUCGUACAGAGACAGAAAAUUGUGUACCUUGGAGGUAAAGGGCCUUUCUUCUACAACAUCCAGGAAGUAAGGCAAUGGUUGGAGCUCACAUUUGGAAAAAAAGCAGAAAGUGAACAAACUGGCACAGAAAAAUAACGGAUGAAGAAGGAAUUAGACAGAAAACAAGUCUAUUUUUGUUUAUAGUACAUACACAGGACUAUAGAAGGACCUAAAAGUUAUGGAUGUUCAGAAGGAAACUUUAAAAAAAAGGACCAAAAGGCAGGAAAAUAACCACAAAAAGUUUACUGCAAGAAGCCACAACCCAGAUGUGUGAAAUUAUCCUCACUGUGACCCUUGUUUCUGGCAGACCUCAAACCGCUGUGUUUUCACCCUUUUAAAAACAAUACACAGAAGAAUCUAGGCUGAAUUUUGGAAGAUGAGGGUGUGGUAAAAAGCUGCACGGUGAAGAGCCACACAGAAAAAAAAAAAUAUAUACAUAUAAGAAGGGAAAAGUCACAAUAGUUUCAAAAAUCUUAAAGCAGCUGACACAGAGCUCACAUCUGACAGCUGUUGGAACUUCUGCUCUUCCUGGGAAACAUUGUACGGAGAUGACAUCAAGUAAGAAGAGGAACGAGCAGUCCACAUAACCCCUCUGUUGCAUAUUUAUUUCAGUUUUUCAGUGAUCAGGUGUAGCGCAUGUUAUUUAUUGUGUUAUGAUUCUGCAGGAUGUCUGUUGCUGUAGAUCCAGGAAUGACACAGUUACCUCAACAAAGGAUGUCCUCUGCUCUUCCAGCAGAAAAAAAAAAAAGUCUGCAGGUUCCAAUUAUGUUAGCUGCAGUAGAAUUAACUCAUGACUUGUAAAUGUUUUCAUGUGUAAACCCAGAGGAACAUAAAUGCUAUCAUAAAUAUGCCUCCCAAGGGUUACCUAGGCCUGUGCGGUGACAACUGUGGCACCAAUUAGAUAUAUGCUCUAGGCAAGAUUCUGACAAGAAACCCUAACACUCCUUUAAAGGUCUAAUGCGGGCCUACACCAAAACAAAAGCCUUCCCAGCACUGUACAAUCUGGAUAGUCUGGCACAGUCCUUGUUUAUAGGUGACGGACCAGUCUACAGUCAUAAGGCCACCUCCAACAAAAACUCUGUCCAGCUAGAAUUACACACAAACUCUUUCACAGAAACGGAUCAUGACGACUUAGGCCAGCCAUACACGGUUCAAAACCCGGCUGGUUCAGCAGGAGUCGGGCGAGAUUUGAGUCGUUAAUUGGCAGGCUGAAUGUACUAAAAUUUGACUGAUCGAUCAACUUGGGUACAACCAGCCUGCCGGACUUAAGAAUAUUGCUAGCGGCAGUUAGAGCGGCUUCCACCACCGACUCAGGGAGUCCAAUCAUCUCUUAGCUUUUGAGCGGCACUCUAUGUUCCAUUACAGGAUAACUGUACUUCCCUAGUUUACUACAGAAGUGGUGAGGCUGUAGUUACAGAGUUUGUAGUUGGGGAUUUGCCUGCCCCCGGGCAUUCACUGGGCCCUAGGUUUCUGCUUUGAAUGCCCAGUGGAUAAUCUUGUUCUGUUCAGGAGUAUUGCUCCAUUACACAAGCCAAUGAUGGAGCACCUUUGCAGAAGAAAUGCCAUAAAUAAAAGGGUCCUACAACAUUUCAGACGCAUCAAAUCUUACCGGACACAAUGACAUCAACCCUCCUUUCCCCAAUUUGCCACUGUUCUACAUCAAAGAAUAGCACAAUACACUGACAGUCAAAAAAUAAAGAAAAAAAUAAAGAAAUAAGUGGCAAAGCAAGGAAAAGGUCACUGUAUCCAUGCAGACUUCUGAAGGUGAAGUCCAUAGUAAAUUGUUGGCUUGGUCACUUUAAUAAGCAAUGGCUUCAAACUAUGCUGAUAUAAUGACUUCUUUGACAGAAAACCUGCUGGUAGAAGGCUGGCACCCAAAUUACGAAUAAAAAA